AUGGCUGUUGACGCCACUGAAGAGCAACACUCAGAUGACAAGUCUGGCGGCAAUAAGCAGUCAAUAAAUGGCGAUAAUUGUGAUGAUUCUACUCGUCGAUUGACUUCAGUGGCAAAACGUCUUAUCAUUAACUCGUUUAUUAACGACAGCGACAGUGAUAGCGACGGACCGCCAGAAGAGAGACCCACUAUUAUUAAAAGACAACACGAAAACGAUUCAAUCGAUUUCGCCGAAGAAGUGUCUGAGAAAAUUGAGAAACAAAAGGAAACUAAAGUGAGAAAAGUUGUUAAUAACAAGAAACCGAAGUCAAAGUAUUGGCAUCAGAGGUAUCGACUCUUUUCCCGUUUCGAUGACGGCAUACAAAUGGACACCGAGUCCUGGUAUUCAGUGACACCCGAACGCAUCGCACAACACAUCGCCCAUCGAUUUUCACUCGACAAUCAGAAUUUCAUAAUCAUUGACGCCUUCUGUGGCUCCGGAGGCAACACUAUUCAGUUCGCACUCAUAUCACCGUUUGUUAAAGUCGUUGCCAUCGAUAUAGACAUGAAUAAGAUCUCGUGCGCCAAACAUAACGCCAAGAUCUACGGCGUGGACAAGAGAAUUGAGUUUAUUUGCGCCGAUUAUCUCGUUUUAGCCAAAACGGGUGCACUGUUUGGCGACGCUGUGUUCCUGAGCCCUCCCUGGGGUGGACCUAAAUAUCUCAAUUUAGCCGUUUAUACCCUCGAUAUGAUGUCCCCGAGCGGUACCGAUGUCUACGAUGUGACCAGAGAUCACAUCACUGACAACAUCGGUAUUCUCUUACCACGAAAUAUUGAUACCAAUGGUGUGGAAGAGUUGGCCGGAGUCGGCAAUCGUGUGGAAAUUGAAGACAAUUUAAUGAAUAACAAAAUCAAGACUAAAACCGCUUAUUUUGGAAAUUUGAUUCAAUCAUAG